CUCCCGGUGACAAGGAGCAUCGAGCGCCGACUCGUUCGUUACCUGUGCCGGACAUGACUCUGACGAAGGUGUUCCACGUCGUCAGGCGUCGGCUGUGGCUGCAGUCAGUGCAGCGCCACUACUUUGCCCUGGUGCUGGAGGUGAUCAGCGUGGCCGGGCUGUCCCGAAUCAUAAUUCCCUCUGACACACCUGGAGUGGACCCGCAAAGGCUGACGGCGCGACCAGAACCCAUAAUCUACGACGCCUACGAAGCGGACAAGCAAAUCCUGCACGUGUUGGCCGUGGUGUACAGGCCGAAGAAUACCGAGACCGACAAUCUCAUCCAGAAGGCCUUCGGCCAGGGCCGCUCAACAACCGUGACACCCUUGACGAAGAAGCCUGAGGUGGAGCCCAAGUGCCGUGAGGAGUGGGCCAAGUACGGGACGCGUGGUCAGGUCGUUUGCGUCGAGUUCGCGGACGUGUUCGGCGUCACCGGUGGCGGCAGCCUGGAUUACGAGUUGCUGCAGGCGGCGCCACAAGUAGUGCCAGACCACUUCCCACUUACCGGUCCGAAGAGCUUCAGUCUGGAGGCGACAGACAGCCUUAAGAACUACUUCGACUUAAUUUUGGUGGAGCAGGCAAAGAUUGACCAUCACUUCCUGAAAAAGUCGAAGAAGACUACGGCUCAGGACCAGCAGCAAAUCAACGGCUUACCAGCGCCGGCAUUCUGGCUGGGCCACUUCCUCUCGGCUUUUUCGGUCCAGAUGGUCGAGAGCGCCAUUAUCAUCGGCAUUAUGUUUUUCGCGGAAAGCCAUGCGUACACAACUUUCUACCGGCAUGUUGACGUCAGCUUGCUCAUAUUCGUCAUGAUUCUCUUCAAUACAGAACAUAUACUGUUGGCCAUGGUUGUCGCUGCUGUACUCAAAAAGGGGAACAGAGCCAUGUUUGGUGCUGUAUUCUUGGGCUUCUUCCUUCCGCUGUUCACAGCGCCAGAUCAACCGUCGCUCAGCAAGUUCGUGUUUCAAGAUCGCUGGUCGAAGCUGAUGUUUUGCAUCUACCCACAGAUUGGAUGCUCAACAGUGCUGAGAACUCUUGCGAUCUUUGACGACUACCACGGUGAGAGCGUACUACAUUCAGGCUUCAAGAAGUUGGAAGCUCUGCUGACCUCUCGGUAUUUAACAAAUUAUGCUGAGGAUUUGAGCUGCUAA